ACGUUUUAAAUAUGUUUCAGCAGUGGUAUAUGCCGAAGGAGAGGGCGAGCUUUCGGCGUAACCUCAGCUCUUCAGCUUCCCCCACUCCACUCGGAGAUCUUGCUCGGCUAACGGCUAUCACCGAUGGCGUCUACGGAGAUAGCGAGGCAAGCGGGAGAAGGUGCCCGCACUGUACCUCUCGCUGGCCAUGUUGGCUUUGACAGCAUGCCUGACCAGCUGGUCAACAAAUCUGUCAAUCAUGGAUUUUGCUUCAACAUCCUCUGCGUUGGUGAGACCGGUCUGGGCAAGUCCACCCUGAUGGACACGCUGUUCAACACCAAGUUUGAGGGAGAGCCCACCCAGCACAACCAGCCUGGCGUGACGCUCAAAUCCAACACCUAUGAACUGCAGGAGAGCAACGUGCGCCUCAAGCUCACUGUCGUCAACACGGUGGGCUUUGGAGACCAGAUUAACAAAGAAGACAGCUACAAGUCCAUUGUGGAAUUCAUCGAUGCCCAGUUUGAAGCAUACCUCCAAGAGGAGCUGAAGAUAAAGCGCACACUCCACAGCUACCACGACACGCGCAUCCAUGCCUGCCUCUACUUCAUUGCUCCCACGGGCCACUCGCUGAAAUCCCUCGACCUGGUGACCAUGAAGAAGCUUGACAGCAAGGUCAACAUCAUCCCAAUCGUUGCCAAGUCGGACGCCAUCUCCAAGAGCGAACUGGCCAAGUUCAAGAUCAAAAUCACCAGUGAGCUGGUCAGCAACGGCGUGCAGAUCUACCAAUUUCCCACUGACGAUGAGUCAGUCGCCGAGAUCAACUCCACCAUGAACAGCCAUUUACCCUUUGCCGUAGUGGGCAGCACGGAGGAGGUGAAGAUCGGGAACAAGAUGGUGAAGGCCCGCCAGUAUCCCUGGGGCACGGUGCAGGUGGAGAACGAGAAUCACUGCGACUUUGUCAAACUGCGAGAAAUGCUGAUCCGGGUGAACAUGGAGGACCUGCGGGAGCAGACGCACACACGCCACUACGAGCUGUACCGCCGCUGCAAGUUGGAGGAGAUGGGCUUCAAGGACACUGACCCUGACAGCAAGCCUUUCAGUCUGCAGGAGACGUAUGAAGCAAAGAGGAACGAGUUCAUGGGCGAGCUACAAAAGAAGGAAGAAGAAAUGCGGCAAAUGUUCGUCCAAAGGGUCAAAGAGAAGGAGGCAGAGCUUAAGGAAGCAGAGAAAGAGCUGCACGAGAAAUUUGACCGCUUGAAGAAACUGCACCAGGAUGAGAAGAAGAAGCUGGAGGACAAGAAGAAGUCCCUGGACGACGAGCUCAACACGUUCAAACAGAAAAAGACUGCCACCGAGCUCUUGCAGAAUCAAGCCCAGCAGGCCGGGGGCUCCACCACGCUCAAGCGGGACAAAGAGAAGAAGAAUUAACUGCUCCUACACUUGAUGCAUGCAGCUUGAUGCACCCUGUUCGGAGAAGGAUUCCUGUAGAAAAGUGCUCCCUUGUGGCCACCCAGCUGUGAAUGAUCGUCCCUAACAGUGAACCCCUCCCCAGUGUCCCUACAACCCCACAAAAUGCCCUCAAACCUGGGCGUUGCUCAGUUGGACUCCUUUUUAAACACACCACUCUAAUUAUGAUGUUUAUUCUUUGUAUACAAGAUACAGUACAUUCCACGCUUCUCUAUUUUUCUAUGUAGUGUCUUUCUUGCAUGGCGUGUGUAUUGCGCUUCCAUGUUAACACACAACAUGACCUUGUUGUGAUGGGCAGAAAUGUUCCAAAGCUCAAGCGAAACACACUCGUGAAAGCUUCAUUUUUAAACAUAACGGUUCGAAAAUUAGUAACUAUUUGAUUCUUUUUUAGUUGGGGUCUGGGGUUAAUUAUCACUACAUGGAAGUGUGGUAGUAUUUGAAAAGUGCCAUUGCAAUUACAAUUACGAAAUAUUUUAUUGCUUUAAUGAUGUACAACAUAUGAUGAUUAGGGCCAAACUGAAAAUGGAAGCAAUGUAAAAUUAAGGGGUGGGGGGCGGGGGGAGUAAUUGUCAUAGGCCUUGCAAAUGUUGCAAGAGAAAAAGCUCUAGUUUACAAGAAAGACAAGAAAAGAAUGCAUAGAAUGAGGAACAAAAAGGUCAUGAUGUUCUGGUUAAUAUUGUACUUGUACUGUAAUACUAUUACUACUUUAGCUCCUUGCAGAUUACCAAUUUAUUCUGAUAAAAUGCCAUCCUUUUCUUAAUUGGAUCUCAUUUUUCUUGUAAAAUGGCUACUUUCCCUCAAAUUUCAAUUUAGUUUUCUAAAAAUGACACUUUUGUUUCUCAUUAAUUCUGCUUUGUAUUGGGUAGCUAAAGAAUAAUAGAGGUAUGAUUAGACAAUUUCCCUCUGCUUUAAGUUUGUCACGGUCUGUACUUCUUGUUCAUUCACUCUCGUCUAACCAAAGCACCAAAGGCUUUCCUUGGAAAAAGUAGUUAUUGUUAAAAUCCCACUCGGUGCUUAAAGACAACUAGCAGGCGAGCUAUUAAAGCUUCUAAACCUACUAUUCGACUUUGCAGCGGCAUCCUGAGUCCAGUGCCAAACGUGCCAUAAGAGACUGAAGUAGUAAUCUCAGACAUAUACUGUACACAAUGAGUGUUUCGCUUGGACUGAUAUCUUCUUCCCAUACCUCAUUGACGGUCAUGUGUUUUAUACCUUUUCUAUUGCAUUAGCUGUCACAUUUGCACAUUUGUUGUUUUUUUUAUACACAUAUGUGAUAAAAUUUGUAUGUAUGUUGUCAGUGCAAUUGAUAUUCUUUUUUUUUGGUUUGUUUCUGCAAGUUUUUAUAAUGGCACAUUUUAAAAGUCAGUGGUCAUGUUUGUACUCCCCCCGAGUUGUUUGUCUACAGAGGAAAUAAAGGCAGAUCUCACCA